UUUGUCCCUGUAUUUGUUUUUGUGUAAAUUUUGUGUGGUGCAGUCCCCCUGCACUUACUAUUAGAUAACAUUUCAGGCCUAAAGAAAGACCUGCAAUAGGCAGAUUUAGCUCUUGCAUAAUGCAUGUUUAAUAAAAUUGUUUGCAUGAAACAUGUGAAACAAAUUGGUUCUGCAUGUUAUAAAGAAGUGUUCUAAUUUUUGAAUAUUAUGGUUACUCUUCAGAACAGAGAUCUAUUCUCAAAGUAGAUAGUUCUCUGUGUGCAGAAUGCUGUGUGAUCCAGUGAUUAUAUAUUCAUGUGUGAGUGGUGAGCUACUUGAGAUUCCAGAGUGAGAGAGGGUAUGAUGAUCACUGACAUCCCAGAUGAAACAAUGCGUUUUUUCAUGCAAUCAUUAUUUUUCCAAAUUUAUUUUUAGAUGUUAUUUUAAAAAUGUAAUGCUGAUAUUCCCAAUAUUUAUAUUUGCAGACAUUUCUUUUAAAUAAAUGAGAAUACAAAUUAUCCUGUAAUGUCUAUGAUUACUGUUCAGUUAGGCCAGUGUGGUAAUCAAGUAGGAGGACAAUUAUUCUCAACAAUAAGUAAUGAUAUAGAUGGAAAGCAACACAUGGUCUCCUCUAAAGAAAACAAGGAAUAUGGCGAUCAAGUUGUGCAAAGAUUUUUCAAUCGUGUGGAUGGACAUGAUAUAAUCGAGGCAAGAGCUGUCAUGGUGGACAUGGAAUCAAAAGUAAUAGCAAAGACCUGCUUGGAAGCAAAAAAAGGUGGAAAAUGGAAAUAUCCGGAUAAACAACAAUAUUGCCAAAAAAGAGGUUCAGGAAACAAUUGGGCUCAUGGAUAUUGUAUCCAUGGACCAAAUGUCAAAGAAACUGUUAUGGAAAUGGUGCAAAAAGAAGCAGAGAAAUGUGACAGACUUUCAGGAUUUUUGUCUCUAUUAAGUCUCGCAGGCGGUACUGGUUCCGGUGUUGGUACAUUUAUUAAUGAGUCCUUACGAGAUGAAUUUCCCCAUUCUUUUAUCAUGAAUCAAGUAGUUUGGCCAUAUAAUACUGGUGAAGUGAUAGUACAGAACUAUAAUGCUGUAUUAACCUUGUCUCAUCUAUAUCAAACUGCUGAUGCCAUUGUUGUCAUGGAAAAUGAUCAUUUACAUAAAAUUUGUUCUCGUUUGCUAGACAUUAAAAAGAUAUCUUUUAAAGCUAUAAAUCAUGUCAUCUGUCAUAAACUUUCGUCACUUUUCCUUCCUGCAUCAUCAUCAGAUGACAAUAUUUCACAAAAUGAUUUAGGUAUGAUAUUACAUCAUUUAGUUGGUCACCCUGAAUAUAAACUACUCACUAUUAGAAAUAUACCACAGAUGUCUGAUAGAUCUAUGGAGUUCAGCUCCUUUCACUGGCCAGGUUUAUUAAAACAUCUACGACAGAUGCUGGUAGCUGAUGCAGCAAUGGAAGAAGGUAUUGAUUGGCAGGUUAAUGCUGGUGAUGAGACACCAAGAGGUAGUGUUCAACACAAUCGGUCUUUAGCCAACAUGUUAGUUCUACGAGGAAAAGAUGUCAUCUCUACAGACACAUCAUCUUAUCUUGAUCCUAAGUUAUACACUUCAUGGACAGAUCCUGAGUUAGGAUUCAGUAAACUUAUACAACCUCGAGCUUUUAACAGUUACGAGAAAUGUGCUGCAUUGAUCAGUAACAGUCGAUCUCCAAUCCGUCCACUAAAUCAUAUCAUAGAUAAAGCAUGGAAUAUGUUUGCAGCACGAGCCUAUGUUCAUCAAUAUACACAACAUGGACUAAAUGAAGAAGAUUUUAUUGAUGGGUUUGUUACACUUGAACAGGUUUUAGCAAGUUAUAAAAAGUUAUGAUUAUCA